GCCUUGGCUGCUCUUCCACCGAGCGCGCGCGCGCCCGCAUUUGUCUAGUGCUGCGCGCGGGGCACCUGCUCGUCUGGCUGCUGCUGCUGUUUGCUGCUGUCGCCAGCGCCACCCAUUGCUGCCGAGGCUAAAGUCUGCUGCUGCUGCCGCUGCCGCUGCUUAGCGGUUCCAAGCCUCCUUCGCCGCUGCCGCCACGGGCGCCACUAUUCCAGCUGCCGCCGCCGAGCUGUUGCGAGCGAGUCGGGCUCCUCCGGUGGGGUUUGCCCCUUUCCCCGCCCGUUCCUUUCCCCCUGCCUGCGAGUCAGCCUGGCUCAGAAUCACGUGGCAAUUGCCUGAGGCAGAGACUAAAGAGGGGGAAAAAAAGCGCUUCAUUCCUUCUUCCACCGCCAUACUGUAUUUUAUAGUAACUCGCGUUUUUAUUCCUUCCUUUUACUCCCGCUCGGUGAGUACCUUUCCGCUGAAAUUCUUGUCCUCCUUUUUUUGUCCUGUUUUCUUCUUCCUUUUUUUUGUUUUUGCUGCUUUUUUAUUUUUACCUCUUUGUUUUCAUGGAUUUGAUCCUUUUUCUGAUGACAAGUUUUUUUUUUUUUCUUAGCAUGCGAUGGUUUACUAAACUGGGAGCAAAAGGUGUUGCUGGGACUGGAAGUCGCUAGGAAUCUUAAAGAGAAAAAAAGAAACGGCGAAAAAAAAAAUAGACUUGCCAGUCCAGCAACAGUGUAAAUGCAUACACAUUAUUUACGUAUAUAUACACAUGCAACUGGUUUUGUACUGAACAAAAAGCGAUGUAAAUUAUUAUGCAUUUUUUUUAAAAAAAGCAAAGAGAUGAGAAGUGGGCACGUUGCUUAACUAACUCUCUUUUGCAAAGAUUUUUGACGGUGUUUUCUUUUUUUGCUUUUUUUUGUGUAUAUAUAUGGGAUUUAAAAAUGCAUUUUACAGCAACGUUUACAAACAGUUUGUGAUCUUGCAAUGCCUUGGGCAAGCCACCGAGCAAGAUAUUAAUUUUGUUAAAUGUUUUUUCAUUAUUAUUGUUUUGUUUCUUUUUCUUUUUUUGGACAUCCGGUUGGAAUCAGCCGUUUUUCUUCUUUUUCUGAUUUUAUAAUGUGAAACUUUUCUUGCAGCUUGGUACUGUUGAGCAUUUUUAAAUUCUUCCUCCCCCCGUCCAAAAAAAAUGCCGUGUAGUAAAAGAGAGAGGGAGAGAGCCAAAAAAUAUUUCCUUUCCAGAGUUUCACUUUUUAAUAUUUUUAUACAGAGAUAAUUUUAUGAUAAUUAUCUUAAUGUUGAUAGCUAUGCACAUAUAUACAAAUAAAUAUAUUUUCAAAAGAUGGCAGUGGAAGGUUUUCCUGGAGAAUGAAGUGCCGUUUGGUUUCCUUGUCAACGGAAGAUGAAGUGAACAACUGAACAUCUCCCCAGUGCAGUUGGGCUAGUUUACUGAUGAACACAACAGAAGAUUGCCUGGAAUAUCUAUUCUGCAUUCAGAAAAUCCAGAAUGUCUUGCCACGGCUGAAGUCAAGUGAGUCAACCAUGACCGGCAAAACACAGACCAGUAAUGUCACCAAUAAGAAUGAUCCCAAAUCCAUCAACUCUAGAGUCUUCAUUGGUAAUCUUAAUACAGCCAUUGUCAAAAAAGGAGAUAUAGAAGCAAUCUUUGCAAAGUAUGGAAAAAUAGUUGGCUGUUCAGUGCACAAAGGUUAUGCAUUUGUACAAUACAUGAGUGAGAGGCAUGCAAGAGCUGCUGUGGCAGGGGAAAAUGCCAGGAUCAUUGCAGGACAACCAUUGGACAUUAACAUGGCAGGAGAGCCAAAACCAUACAGACCUAAACUGGGAACCAAGCGACCACUUUCUGCUCUCUACAGACUUGAAUCAAAAGAACCUUUCCUUUCUGUUGGUGGUUAUGUCUUUGAUUAUGAUUAUUACAGAGAUGAUUUCUACAAUCGGUUAUUUGAUUAUCACACCCGGGUUCCUGCCCCACCUCGUGCUGUGAUUCCAUUGAAACGCCCACGAGUAACAGUCACAGCAACUCGCAGAGGAAAAGGAGUCUUCUCCAUGAAAGGGACAUCAAGGUCUAUAUCAAGUGGAGCUUCUUCAGCAGGAUCAAAAUUGAAAUCAGAUGAAUUGCAGACAAUCAAGAAGGAAUUAACGCAGAUCAAAACAAAAAUUGAUUCUUUGCUAGGGAGACUGGAGAAGAUUGAAAAGCAGCAGAAAGCUCAAACAGAAGUUCAAAAGAAACAAAUAGAAGACUGUGUAGAGUUGAUCCAAGAAGAAUGCACAUCAGAGAAUGCCGACAACUCUACAGAAGAGCCUAUUGAAGGAGGGCUGGAUGGGGACGGAGAAGAAAUGACAGAUGGGAUAGAGGAAGAUUUUGAUGAGGAUGGUAGUAAUGAGCUGAAAAAGACAAGCAAGAAAACAAAGAAAAACAAACAAAAACUGCAAGUUUCUACAGAUCAAAUGAAUUGGGACCCUUACACAACCCUUUUGGAAGCUGAGAAGAUAAUUCAUAGACUUCCCUGUGUGAAAAUGUAAACUACAGUUUAUUGUCAGCUCGUAACAUCUUUGACUCAAUUUGUAUGAAGAACUGAAUUUACUUUUGGAAAUGGAAACUGCCAUUCAAAAUUUUAAAACAUAUGUUUAAAACUAUGCGAUUGUCAUACUUUUAUGGUUUAGACUGUAAAUGUGUUUCUCCUGGCUAAUCAUUGGUAUUUUUUUUUAUUUUGAUGUCAGAUAGCCAAUGACUUGUAUGAUAAUAUGAAGGACAUAUUUAAAGCAAAAGAAAUACUGUAUACAAAUGUAUAUUUGUAAAAGCUAUUUUUAUGAUUAGCAUGAUUUAUGUUCAUCAUAUAUACAGUCAAGUGAUAUUGCACUUAAAUGUUUACAGCAUAAUGAUGAGAUCAUCAAAAAUUUAUGAGCCAAUAUAUAUAUAUAUAUAUAUAUUUUAAUUAUUUUUUAUUCCUGCUUUAAGGCAAAUACAUACAUUAGUGGGUUUUAGAAAAGAACAAAUCAAUAUUUGUCUUUGAAGAUUUUCAAUGCAUCAUUACACUAAAAUGGAUAUAAUUUGAAUAUAUUCUGUAAACCAUUUCCUGUGGUAUCAGUAGAAAACUAUUAUUAAUGUCAAUAUGCCCCAACCUCUAUGUUGCUACCCUUAGCUUCAGAUAAGCACAUUUUGGAUAAACUAUAGAUCAGUAUGGUUCAAAAAUCUCUUAAUACUUUUAUGAGUGUUGCCAUGUUGGCAUGUUUGAUGCCUAUCUUUUUUUUUUUAGCUCUUCACUCAGGUGACUGGAGACUCUAAUUUUAACCUAUUUUAGCCAGAUAGGUAGAUAGAUACAUUGGUUUCUCUGGAGUUGAAUUGCAAAAUGAGUGCAUCAUACUGAAUAGACCAUAUCAUACACUAUACAGUAUACAUAUAUACUGUAUAUGUGUGACUUACCACAGAAACAUCAUCUCUCUCUUCUCAAUAACAUACAAAAAGUGUUAAUUAAUGCCAUUGUCCUGUUUUUUCAGUUUUGCUUAGAGAACGAGGCUUGAAACUAGAUUGUUUCUAUGAUCAUAAUUCAUAUUAAUCUGUAUAAGAAUAGAAUAAGUGUAGUUUGUCAACUUAAUUAAUAGGACGUCAUUACCAAAUGCAAGCACUUUUCUGAGGGCCCAAAGGAACCAUCAAAACUUCAAUCGUGUCUACAUUGAUAAUUAAAUAGAAGAUGUGUUUGAUUGUGGUAAGUGUUCACUGACUGGGUAUAUGAUCUUUCCCCCAAACCUCUUCAAAGGCUUCAAUUAGUAUAUUUUCACAAAUAUUUCUUCAGUCUUCAUUUUUGGAAAUGCGGCUUCCAUGAAUUCAUUGCUGCAUCAUUUUACGCAUACAAUUCAUGAAUUAUCCAGAUCUAGAUGUCAAUUGUACAGUGCCUCAGUUGGGUGUUAUAGAUUUCACAAUGCUUGAAUGUGACUCUUACAAUGUCCAUACAUAAGGAUUCAGGCAGGAAUAUGCAGUAUGCUAUCUGUAAAGCAUCUCUAAAUGCAGAUUGUAUCACCAGAUUAAAAGCUAUGGGAAAGGAACAGCCUGUUGCUCAAUUAAACCUGCGAAUAAAACGUGAAGCUGCCAUCUGCUAAAUCUAAGCAUUAGUUCAGAUGCCAGAGACUCAAGCUGGAAUUUUCUGUAGGCAGAACACAUGUUUUACUUGAACUGAGAGCUCCUUCACCCUGACCUUCUGUCUGUUGCAUUAUUACAAUGUUCCCAUAAAAGCUACCUAUUUUCUGUAUAAAUUAUUUUUUCUCACUCCAUGCAGUGAUUAUAAAAGUACCAAGAGAAAGAAGAGAAUGUGCAAGGUUGCUUUCUGCAUCCCUUUGCCAAAUAUCCUUGCAUGCAAGUCAAAUGAAUCCAGAAAAGGAGAUGGAAUGUUGAUUCUAUUGUCAUAAGGAUGUUUCCCCUUCUUUUUUAAACAUAUGCAUUAAAUUGUACCGCAUUUUGGUUUAGAACAAUUCUUCUAUGAAAUGAGAAAAAAAAUCUUAAAGACCAUGGAAAGUAUUAUUACUUGAGUAAAAUAUAGGAUUGAACAAUACAAUUUGGAAGGAGUUUUUCAGAACAUGAGGCAGCUGCUUUAAUGAGUUGCAGAAAGGAAAUAGUUUCAGCUCCUACAAAUUUCAGAACACUUCAUUUGAAUUAAAUCCAAAACAUGACGCAUCCAUAAGGGAACUCUACAGCCAUUUUUAAAAGCCAUGUAGGUUUUCAAUAAUAGGACAGAAUCUUUAUUUGCAUUCAUCUUCUUAACAUUUUGGUUUUGUGUCAAUAUUCAAUACAAUUUUAUUUCAAAUGCUGUAACAUAAAUUUUACAUUCCUGUAAAUAAAUAUUUUCCUCUGAUUAA